AUGUUGCUUGAACAUCCAGGAUCAAGUUGCCAGAAUCAUGAACAUUUCUCUAGAUACGCGACUCAAGAGAUCCCGGUAUGUGCGGGAUGUAACCAACACAUAGUGGACCGUUUCAUCCUCAAGGUCCUUGAACGCCACUGGCACAGUAAAUGCUUAAAAUGCAACGACUGCCGAACCCAGCUGGCAGACAAGUGUUUCAACCGAGGCGACAGCUUCUAUUGCAAAGAAGACUUCUUUAAGAGAUUUGGGACUAAAUGUGCAGCUUGCCAGCAAGGCAUCCCACCGUCCCAAGUAGUGAGAAGAGCCCAAGACUUUGUGUUUCACCUGAAUUGUUUCGCCUGCAUUGUGUGCAAGAGGCAGCUGGCCACAGGUGAUGAAUAUUACUUAAUGGAAGACAGCAGGCUCGUUUGCAAGACUGACUACGAGACUGCAAAGCAGCGAGAGGCAGACUCAUCUGUGAAAAGACCGCGAACGACCAUCACAGCAAAACAGUUGGAAACCCUGAAAUCGGCAUACAACAACUCACCAAAGCCGGCCCGACAUGUGAGGGAACAGCUGUCAUCGGAAACAGGUCUGGACAUGAGGGUUGUGCAGGUCUGGUUCCAAAACAGACGAGCAAAGGAGAAGAGACUGAAAAAGGAUGCUGGUCGGCAUAGGUGGGGGCAGUACUUCCAUAGCAUGAAGCGGCACCGGGCCAGCAACACCAAGUCAGACAAGGACAGUGUCCAGGAGGAGGGCAUGGACAGCGAUGCUGAGGUCUCCUUUACAGAUGAACCAUCGAUGGCAGACAUUGGCCUUUCCGAUGGGAUCUACAGAGGAAUGAGCGAAACAUCACCAGUUAUGGAAAGACAGGGAGGCAGCCUCAGUCCAUCCCCCGUACAGCAUGGGCUGGUUCCGAAACACAGCAGCCCCUACGGUCCCCCCCAGUCCCCGGAAUCCAUGCGUCCUCUGCUGGGACAGCAGCCACUUGUGUCCAGCUUGGUGUACCCCGAAGCAGCGAUGUCCAUCCUGAUCUCAGGCAUGCAUGUCACUGGGGGGGGAAACGGCCCCACUUCAGACCUGUCCACAGGCAGCAGCGGUAGCUACCCAGACUUCCCUGCAAGUCCAGCCUCCUGGCUCGAUGAAGUAGAGCAUAAUCAGUUCUGA